GGGGCGUGGCCUCGAGUAGCGAUGGAGGCGCCCGAGCUGUGGGUCGGGUUCGUGGGCGCCGGGCGCAUGGCCGGGGGGCUCGUCCGGGGGCUGCUGCAGGCAGGGAAGGUUCCAGCCAGCAACAUCCUGGCCAGCGCUCCCUCAGACAAAAACCUGGAUGCUUGGAGGGAGUUGGGCUGCCGGACCACGCAUUGCAACCUGGAAGUGGUGCACAGGAGCACCCUGGUCUUCCUGGCCACCAAACCCCACAUCCUGCCAGGGGUGCUGGAGGAGAUCCGUCCUGCUGUGGGGUCCCACCACAUCGUUGUGUCACUGGUGGCCGGUGUCACCAUCCAGACACUGCAGCGGGCAGGGGCCAUGGUCUUCUCCCGGGGCAACAACGCGGGUGACGAGGAAGCCGCGCUGCUCAAGAGCCUCCUGUCCUCCUGCGGCCUCUGCGAGGAGGUGCCCGAGUCCUACAUCGACAUCCACACCGGCCUCAGCGGCAGCGGCGUGGCCUACGUGUACCUGUUUGCCGAGGCGCUGGCCGAGGGCGCGGUGAAGAUGGGAAUGCCGGGCGCCUUGGCCAGCAGGAUCGCGGCGCAGACGCUGCUGGGUGCAGCCAAGAUGCUGCUGGAGACGGGGGAGCACCCGGCCAAGCUGCGGGGGGACGUCUGCACGCCCGGGGGCACCACGAUCUACGCCCUGCACCAGCUGGAGAAGGGAGCGCUGCGCGCCACCGUCAUGGAUGCCGUGGAGGCGGCCACCAACCGGGCGUGUGACAUGGCCAAGGACUAGUGGAUGAGCCCCUUCUGGGACAGGAGGGGUGAUGGGGACCAAAGGGAGCUCCUCUGAGGAGUAGGGGGAUCCUGACAAUCCUGACAUCUUCAGGAGAACCUGGAUGGGGGUGGGAGGAGGUGGGGACUCGUGUUACCUCUGCAGGGCUGGAACCAAAUAAACGUGGCCAGAGCAAUGGGGGUGUGGCUUUUUGUGGUUCCUGGGGGGCUGUGGAAGCCACCAUGGGAAGGUGACAUCCAUGGUUUCCAGGGAUGGAGCUGGUGCCAUACUGGCUGCCUGCUCACUGGAGGUGGUGGUGGCACCAAGAAUGAAGCUGGUGUGGGAUGUGCAGCACUGGGAAGAGACUUUUGGGCCCUGCUGGGGCUGGGAGAAUGGCUGCAUCCCUAUGGUCAGAGCCACAUCCAUGAGGAUGCUGCCCACAUUCCAAAACUAUGGACAAGAGUUCAACCAGGCAAAAAAACUCCACAACACUCCCUCCCUGGCACCAGGGAAUGGGAUGCAAGCCCUGAUCUUUUCCCAGCUCUGGGGUAGAAACUCAAACUUGCCCAUCCAGAGAGGAUCCAAGCCUUUUCCACACCCUAAUUAAGCUCCA